AUGUCCUCCCCACCAACCAGAACAGACACAAUCGACUCUGUCCCCGCAGAGUUCGACGUCGAUGAGACCAGCUCCUCACGCAUCUACCAUAUCUACAAACCCGCCUUCCGCAGGCACUACGACAUCAAAUCCCCCUCCGACAAACCAAUCUACUACGUCAACAUCUCAUCCUUCACACACAACAAGCCCGAACUCACUCUCCACGCCGGCACCGACAAAAAAGCACCCAUCAUAGCAGCCUCCAAGUUCCUCAAACUCUCUGCAGACUGUAAACUAGCACUGGGUGACCCGGAAGACCUGAAAAGCACCCUGUGGGAAGAUAUGGUCCGAGAGUCGCCCAUCCACUCCAGAUAUCGAUUUGAGAUGACCAUUCCCGGCGUGCAGGGAAAUGGACAUGGAGAGCGACGGGUGUUUGUUUGGAAACGUACGCAUAGCGUCAAGGUGGAGGAUACGAGGCCUUUCCCGUUGAGUAUGCGGUCGUUUAAGAUGGUUGAUGAGAAGACCGGGCAGGUUGUGGCUGUUUUUUCGAGGGAGAGGUCGGUUACCAAGUGUGGUCAACUGCAGGUUCGUGCGGAGCAUGGCGAGGACUUUGAUAAGAUGGUGUUGAUUUCUGGACUGAGUGUGUUCGAGAAGGCUUCUGGUGGAGGAGGAGGUGGCGGUGGAGGUUGA